GCCCCUCAACUCCGCAGCAACUUCUACAACACAGCGACUAUUCACUUCAGAUAGCCUGCUUUUUGUACUAAGCUCCUUGAAUUCCAUUGUCGUGUAUAAGCCUGAGUUCAACAACACCGGCACCAACGCAUACUCUACAACAUGGCUGAGGUGAUAAGGGAUGAAGAGGUGCGCAGGCGCGUACGACUUGCACUCGAGUUCCUCGACCCAGAUGAUGUCUCUCGACGCAGCUACCGCCCUGACAUUUUGGUGAUGCUGAACCGAGGCAUGCGGAGACUCAGAGUCAGCAUAGACGAGAUCCGAUCACACAACCGCGAGCUCGCCGAUGGUCUCCUGAACCAGCCCUUCGAAUUCGUAGAAGCCUUCGAUCGCGCCCUUAAGGACGUCGUACGCACUUUCACAGACCGCCCAAAGUCCGAGACUAGCGAGGAUGUGGUGUAUUACUGCGCAUACAUUGGCAGCUUCGGCGAGUUCUCUGUCAAUCCCCGAACGCUGAGCUCAAACCAGCUCAACCAUAUGGUGUCGCUAGAGGGCAUUGUCACUAAGACAUCGCUUGUACGGCCGAAGGUGGUCAAGAGUGUGCAUUACAACGAGAAUAAGCAGAAGUUUCAUUACAGGGAGUAUAGGGAUCAGACUAUGACUACAGGCGCGGCGAGCACGAGCGUGUACCCCACAGAUGAUGGUGAGGGCAAUGCAUUAGUUACAGAGUACGGCUACUGCAUUUACCGCGAUCACCAGACUAUCUCGAUUCAGGAAAUGCCAGAGCGCGCCCCCGCUGGUCAGCUCCCGCGCUCUGUCGAUGUUAUUAUGGACGACGACCUUGUAGAUCAGGUCAAGCCUGGUGACAGAAUACAACUUGUCGGCAUCUAUCGAUCCCUCGGUAAUCGCAAUGCCGGAACAGGCAGCUCUACCUUCCGGACACUGAUCCUUGCGAACAACGUCAUCUUGUUAUCGUCGAAGUCUGGCGGCGGUAUUGCGCAGGUCAGCAUCACCGACACCGAUAUCCGUAACAUUAACAAGAUUGCGAAGAACAAGCGAGUCUUCGAGUUGCUCUCGCAGUCAUUAGCGCCUUCCAUCUACGGCCAUGACUACAUCAAAAAGGCCAUACUGUUACUGCUUCUGGGAGGGCAAGAGAAGAAUUUAGACAAUGGCACCCAUCUGAGAGGAGACAUUAAUAUCCUCAUGGUCGGUGACCCAUCGACAGCCAAGUCGCAGUUGCUCCGAUUCGUCCUGAAUACUGCUCCUCUCGCCAUUGCUACGACUGGUCGUGGUUCGUCAGGUGUCGGUCUUACAGCAGCUGUUACCUCAGACAAGGAGACUGGCGAACGACGCCUCGAGGCUGGUGCCAUGGUUCUCGCUGAUCGCGGUGUUGUGUGUAUCGACGAAUUUGAUAAGAUGUCUGAUGUCGAUCGGGUAGCUAUCCACGAAGUUAUGGAGCAGCAGACCGUCACGAUUGCCAAAGCUGGUAUCCACACCUCGUUGAAUGCUCGGUGCAGUGUCAUCGCUGCUGCCAACCCUAUCUUCGGCCAGUACGAUAUCCACAAAGACCCACACCGCAAUAUCGCACUUCCCGAUUCCCUUCUCUCGCGUUUCGACUUGUUGUUCGUUGUUACGGACGACAUUGAAGAUGCGCGCGACAGGCAGAUUUCCGAGCACGUCCUUCGCAUGCACCGGUACCGCCAACCCGGCACCGAAGAAGGCGCACCCGUUCGAGAAGAAGGAGACCAACUUUUAGGUGUAGGUCUUGAGACCGAUACUGACGCCAACCGCCCGACUGAGGUCUAUGAAAAAUUUAAUCCCAUGUUACACUCCGGCGUGACAAUCACAGUCGGAAGAGGCGCAUCACGAAGGACUGAAGUUCUUAGCAUCCCCUUCAUCAAGAAAUACAUACAGUACGCUAAGCGGGAGAAGCCGAUCCUUACGAAGGGCGCGGCAGACCACAUCGUAGCUGCCUACUCUGCGCUACGAAACGACGAAUUAGAUGCUGGCACCCGCCGCACCUCGCCCAUCACAGCCCGUACCCUCGAAACACUCAUUCGUCUGUCGACCGCCCAUGCUAAGGCUCGUUUGUCGAAGCGUGUGGAGCAGAAGGACGCCGAUGUGGCAGAACAAAUUCUGCGCUUCGCUCUGUUCAAGGAGGUCGUUGAAGACGACCGCCGCAAGCGGAGACGGACAGUCCGCGACCCAGAUGCUAUGUCUACUGACGGGGAGUCCUCUGGCGAUGACGACGAGGAUGGCGAUGAGCAGGAAACAACACAGACUCGCCGCACUGGCGGUCCUUCAACUCGCAGUCAACAUACUGGUAUAACACCAACACCAGCUGCUGUUGAGCAUGAGGAAGAUGACGAGGAUGAUAAUGCGGAUCUCUACGAAGUCACACCCAAAACUCAGCGCACGACGCAACGAACAACGGGCCGCACACAGUCCUCUCGUGCUGCCGCUUCGUCUUCUCAAGUCAGUGCUGCGUCGUCACGUCCAGAAUCACAAUUGCCGCCCACACAAUCCGAAUCGCAGGACUCACAGAGUAUCACACCUGCGCGCGUGCAGGUCUUCCAAACAGCACUUGGACAACUCAUCGAUGGCCCACUAUUUGCUAACGAUGCUGCCGAUGUCGAACCACUUGUUGCUGCAGUUAACGCACGACUGGGUGGCGGUACCGGACGCGAAGCAUUUGGUGAGGACGAAGCGGAGAAAGCGCUUGAGGCGCUGAGUGAACGGAAUAAGAUUAUGUACUCGGGCGGUAUUGUGUACAAGAUCUAGAGCGAACGCAGGCAUGAGCACGAUGGGAUGACGAGAUGAUAGUACAACGGAUGGGAAUUCUUGGCAUGUUUUGGCGUUUGGGUAGUGCGGAGUCCAUUUGAUAGUGCAUUUGCAAAUACCAUGCCUGUAUAAGAACGAGUGGUUGGUUUGCAAGUAUACAUUUAUUGCGAAUGGAAAGUUAGACUGACUUCAAUUGCCAUACUCGCAGACUUGAGUGGCAACAAGAAGCCGCUCGUACAUUCAGCCACUGG